AUGGUAGUAGGAGACCUCAGGAGACUCCCAGAGGGCAGAAGCCCACUGCGACGUAUCUCCCACACGCCUCAUCUAGACCAGAGACCACGAAAGAAGUCUCGCAAGAAGCUCCAAGUGAUCAUCUGUGUACUUCUUGUGGAGUUGUUUGAAAGGUUCACUUUCUUUGGGAUUGUAUGUAACAUGAUUCUAUUUUGCACUGUGAAGCUCGGAUAUGACAACUACCUCGCUGCAACAGUCAACCUGUGCUUCAUAGGAGCCAGCACACUCACCCCUGUUCUGGUUGGCUGGUUUGCAGAAGCCUGUCUAGGAAGGACUAAGGUGCUAUACGUGUGUGCGUUUCUUCAUUUCUUUGGUACAGCCAUGCUGCCUGUGGUGGCAUUUCCCUUUGAGGAUUUCUACAUCGACAGCCACCACAUGACCCACCAGCUGGAGUCUCGGGAGCAGCAGAUUCUUUUUUACACUGGCCUCCUGGCUGCUGCACUGGGCAUCGGUGGCAUCCGAGCUAUCCUCUGCCCCAUGGGAGCUUACAACCUGCAGGGCUACAACCAGCACCAGCUCCUGACCUUCUUCAACUGGUUCUACUGGCUGGUGAAUCUGAAUUCCACUGUUGUGUUUCUGGGCAUUGCUUACAUCCAGCAAUCUGUGGCCAAAAAUCUGGGCUUCCUCAUCCCCUUCACCUCAGUGCUGCUGGCUCUCAUUGCCAUACACAUGAUGCGCAGUAAACUCACCUACAAACCCAAGAAAGGUGGAUCAUUACUGACCACGCUGGGAGUUUUCUUGAACUCUUUCAAGAUGUGCUGCCUCCAUUAUCGAUACUUGAGCGGACAAGUAGCAUCUUGGCUGGACCGGGCAAAAGAGAACAAUGGUGGCCGGUACAGUGAGACUCACGUGGAGAAUGCCAAAGUCCUGGCCAAGCUCUUCCCUCUUUACGGGCUUCAGCUGCUCUACAGAGUCUGCCUCACGCAGAUCCCCUCAGGUUACUAUAUACAGACGAUGAGCUCCAACCUUCACCUGAAGGACCACCUUUUGCCUGUCGCUGCCAUGAAUGUGAUCAGCAUCCUGCCUCUGCUGCUCUUAGCGCCACUGAUGGAGUGUGUGAUGACCUGCUACCUGUCCAUGGAAAAACCUCCUCCAGCACCUGUAAAACGUAUUACUCUGGGCCAUGCGUGUGCCACUCUGUCGGUCCUGGUUGCAGGUUUGACUGAGCUGCAGAGGAAGUCUUACCCCCUGGUGGAGCAGACACUUUCUGGAAAGCUUUUGCAAGUUUCUUCCAUGCCGUGUUUCCAGCUGGCUCCUCAGUACAUCCUGCUCGGUCUGGCAGAAGCUCUCGUCACCCCUGCAUGCUCCCUCAUUUCUUUCCAGCUCACCCCGAACCACAUCAGAGGGAUCGCCCUGCACUUCCUCACUCUGUCCUAUGGAGGGGGUUGUUUUCUCGGUGCCUUUAUUAUUCAGCUGAUGUACUUUCUCUCUGGAGGAAGCUUUUACCCAAGCACACUACAUGAUGGCAAUUUGGAGAGAUUCUUCUUCCUCCUGGCCACACUGAUGGCUGCAAAUACCCUGGCAUUUUGGAGUGUGUCAUACAGGUAUGUGGACCUGAGUGUUCAGGGCAAAGCGCUGACCAUCAGUCCUCUGACUGAGAAGCUGCUGCAUUACAAGGCCUGUCUGCGCUUCUACAACACUGUAGACCACACCGACUGCAUUUGAUGAAUG